AUGGAAAUACUCGAAGGCGAAAGAAAAAACUCAAAAAUUUUUUACCAAAAUAGUUACUAUUAUCGUAAAGACAAAAAAGCAACAGAAUCGUAUGGUGGCGGUUUCAAAUGUAAGGAUGAAUUUUGUAGAAGUCGUGCAACAAGUGAACCAAGCCUAGCGUUAGUACAAAUAACGCCGCAUAAUCAUUUGCCAGAUUUUGAAAAAAAAGAAAUUUUGAAAUUAAAACAAUCAAUAAAACGAGUUGCUGAAACUACAAGUGGAAGUUUGCGAGAUAUUUUUGACCAAGAAACUGCUAGUAACCAAUCAGCACAUCACGUUUCUUUUGGAAUGAUGGAAAGUACUAUGUAUCGCAGACGUAGAUCAGUGCAGCCGCAAUUACCAGCCAAUUGCGGGGAAUUAGACAACUCUUUGAGAGUAAACAACAUAAGUAAAUUUUUAGACGGGACCAAUUUUUACAAAGGGUACGUUCGUAUAAAUAACGAUUAUGCUCACAUAUUUAUCGGGAAAACAGUCGUUGCUUCACCGACUGAUUUGCACGUUGACGGAACAUUUAAGGUAGUUCCGAAAAUAUUUUAUCAAAUGAUAACAUUUGGAUACAUUUUGCUUGAUCAUUUUAUUCCAACUAUUUUCAUACUUAUGACUAGAAAAACGCAAGAGCUGUAUUCUCUUGCAUUUUCCAAAGUUGCUGAACUCGUUCCACAUUUGUCACCGUUACGGAUAAUGACGGACUAUGAACAAGCAUUGAUGAAUACCUUGGAAAUUCAAUAUCCUUUAGCUGAAAUUUCAGGCUGUUGGUUUCAUUACGUAAAUGCUGUGGUUAACAAGUGUAAACAUCUUGCAUUGUUUGGACUUUUAAAAUUGCAAGUUCACAGUGAUUUGAAGAAAUGGAUAAGGCUAUUAUUGUGUCUUUCUUUGCUACCGCCUCACCAUAUUCAGCCAACAUUAGGCAAUUUGAAUCCAAAUUUGUUUGUGGUAUCAUUAAGCAUAAAUGACUUCGCAAAAUGUCAAAGUUUAAUGACCUAUAUGGAAACAUUUUGGAUUGGGCGUAUUGGCAGUAACAAAAUUUCUGUUUUUGGUUGUCCCAGAAGAACGAACUCUGAUCAAGAAAGCUUCCAUGCCUCGCUUUUAAAACGAAUAAAGAUUGCUCAUCCAAACAUUUGGCUUUUUAUAACAGAACUAAGAAAGUUUGCAGAAGUCCAGCAACUUGAUAAAGUACGUUUAGAAUGUGGACUUCAGAUUCGUCGGAGACGAAAUCGUAUAAAUCAACCACCGGAAUUGGAAACAGUUUCAUCAUUUACGCAAGUUCAAAUAGAGCCCUCACAGCCUAAUUCAAUUCCACCACAAGAUGAAGCCCAGCAACUUAAUGUAUCAAUACAACGGGAUGUAGCUAUAAUGCAAAAUACAGAUGAUGUAGCUAUAGUGCAAAAUACCUUCCAACUCGGAGAAAACUUACAUAGUUCUACAGAAAUUGUUGGAGUCACGGAGACUUUAAGAGUAGUGGAUGAAACUAAUGGAACAACAUGUCCUGUUUGUUUAGAAAAUACUCCAAACUUCGCUGCUGUUCCCUGUGGACACAUGGUUUGCACAAUGUGUAUACCACAUUUACAGUUAAAAUGUCCUCGUUGCCGAGCAACCGUUCUUAUGUUUAUACAAACAUUUGCUUGA